AUCCAAUACAUCCCUGUGCCAGCAGACCAAGAUGAAGAGGAGUGGCUCAAACCAAAACCAAAGUUGCGUGCACAGUUCUACCCCUAUCUCUCCUCCUCCUCCUCUUCCUCUCCAUUCGUUUGAGGUGUUGCGUCGCACGCCUCUGAACCGAGCUUUUGCUCUCGUAUAUGCGACUGCCAUCUCGGCUUUGCUCUAUCGCCAUACCCUCUCUCUCCUCUCUGGCUCUGCAACCACUUUCUUUUCCUUCUCCCUUGUUUCUUUCUCCUUGCUACUCUCCGACGCCGUUCUCGCUUUUAUGUGGGUAACCGAACAGGCCUUCCGGAUGCGUCCCGUCCGUCGCAAGGUAUUCAUAGAGAAUCUCAGUCGGGUUGUUGAUGAGAAGAACUUCCCGGCGUUAGACGUGUUUAUAUGCACUGCCGACCCAUUCAAGGAACCUCCGUUGCGCGCCAUUAACACUGCUUUAUCAGUCAUGGCCUACGAUUAUCCCACAGACAAGGUGUCUGUGUACGUAUCGGAUGACGGGGGUUCGCAGCUUACGCUCUUUUCUUUGAUGGAAGCUGCCAAGUUUGCUACACACUGGUUGCCUUUCUGUAAGGAAUUUCGAAUAGAGGAAAGGUGCCCCGAUGCGUAUUUUAGAUCCACUCACAGUUGCGCCCAAACGGAGAAGAUGAAGAUUAUGUAUGGAAUGAUGAAAGAGAAGAUAGAAAGCGUGAUGGAGAGAAGAGGUGGAUUUGUCAAUGACUUCAUCUCCAGCGAUCAUCACCGCCAAGCCUUUAACAAAUGGACGCCAGGAUUUACGCGUCAAGAUCAUCCUACUGUAAUUGAGGUUUUGUUGGAUAGUGGGACGGAUAAGGACGUUACUGGCCGUGCAAUGCCAAACCUGGUGUACGUCUCCCGGGAAAAAAGCAGUAGUUGGCCCCACCAUUUCAAGGCCGGAGCCCUCAACGUCUUACUGCGAGUAUCAGAGACCAUGAGCAAUGCACCAGUGGUCUUAACCUUGGAUUGUGACAUGUACUCCAACGAUCCCAGAACCCCUCUUCGUGUUCUCUGCCAUCUUUUCGACCCUGUUGUUGCCCCGAAAUUAGCCUACAUUCAAUUUCCUCAGCGUUUCCAUGGGAUUGACAAGCACGACAUUUACGGUAAUGAACAGAAGCAUUUGUUCCAGUUAAAUCCAAUGGGUUCAGAUGGGUCCGCUGGCCCAAACUACGUUGGCAGUGGAUGUUUUUUCCGGAGACGAUCGCUGUUUGGAGGCCCAUUCUCAUUCUUAUCCUCUGGAGUCCUACAACUACAAGCCAAACCCAUCAUGUCUGCAACGCCUUCGGCAUUGUCUCACCAUGUCGCCAGUUGCACUUUUGAGCAUGCCACGGACUGGGGCUACAAGAUGGGCUUCAGGUAUGGAUCCUUAGUUGAGGACUACUACACAGGAUAUCGGCUACAGUGUGAGGGAUGGAAGUCAGUGUUUUGCAACCCUAAUAGGGCUGCGUUCUUAGGGGAUGUGCCACUCAACCUUACUGAUGCACUGACCCAAAAUAGACGUUGGUGUGUUGGUCUACUGGAGGUGGGCUUCUCCAGGUACAACCCAAUCACCUUUGGUAUUAGAUCCAUGGGCCUGCUAAUGGCCCUUAACUAUGCUCACUAUGCAUAUUGGCCCAUAUGGUCCAUUCCCAUCACCAUCUAUGCCAUCGUCCCUCAGCUAGCUCUCAUCAAUGGGCUCUCCAUCUUCCCAACGAUGUGGGACCCUUGGUUCUAUUUGUACUGGUUCCUUUUCCUGGGAGCUUAUGGACAAGAUGCUAUUGAGUUCACCCUAGCAGGAAGCACAAUCCAGAGGUGGUGGAACGAUCAAAGAAUGUGGUUGAUAAGGGGAAUAGGCCAAGUUGCGUCUUCCUCGUACAAUAUUGAUGAGGAGGCAUAUAUCUAA